GAGGGAGAGGGAGAAAGGGAGAGGGGAGCGGAGGGAGGGGAGGAAACUGCCCCCCCCGCCCGCCCCGCCGGGGAAAUCCCCCACGGCGGCCGUGUCCCGGGGCUGCGGGGCGGGCAGGGAGCGCGGCCCCGCCGCUCCCCGCCGUGGCGGAGGGGACCCACCGGGGCGGGAGGCGGCUCGGCACGGCUUCCCCCCCCCUCUCCGCUCCCCCCCUCCGCUUCCCCCCCCCCCGCUUUUUUUUUUUUUAUGCAAACGCCGGGCGAGGAUUGUUGCACAUAGCCAAGUGAUCUCCGGUAGCGCACGAGGGAGCCGGCGUGGGCGCAGGCAGGUGGAGGAUGAACGGCGAAGCCGAGUGCCCUGCAGACUUGGAAAUGACAGCUCCCAAAAACCAAGACCGCUGGUCUCAGGAGGACAUGCUGACUCUGCUGGAGUGCAUGAAGAAUAACCUGCCCUCCAACGACGGGAGCAAGUUCAAAACCACCGAGUCCCACCUGGAUUGGGAGAAAGUGGCUUUCAAGGACUUCUCGGGGGAGAUGUGCAAGAUGAAGUGGAUGGAGAUUUCUAAUGAGGUGAGGAAGUUUCGGACCCUCACAGAGCUCAUUAUGGACGCCGAAGAGCAUGUGAAGAAUCCUUACAAGGGCAAAAAGCUCAAGAAACACCCCGACUUCCCCAAGAAGCCCCUGACUCCCUAUUUCCGCUUCUUCAUGGAGAAGCGGGCCAAAUAUGCCAAGCUUCACCCCGAAAUGAGCAACCUGGAUCUCACCAAGAUCCUGUCCAAGAAAUACAAGGAGCUUCCCGAGAAGAAAAAGAUGAAAUACAUUCAGGACUUCCAGCGAGAGAAGCAGGAAUUCGAGAGGAACCUGGCGAGGUUCAGGGAAGAUCACCCGGAUCUCAUCCAGAACGCCAAGAAAUCCGACGUCCCUGAAAAACCCAAGACCCCCCAGCAGCUGUGGUACAACCACGAGAAGAAGAUCUACUUGAAAGUGCGUCCAGAUGUGAGUACGGCCACCACGAAGGAGGUGAAAGAGUCGCUGGGCAAGCAGUGGUCUCAACUCUCGGAUAAAAAGAGGCUGAAAUGGAUUCAUAAGGCCCUGGAACAGCGGAAGGAGUACGAGGAGAUCAUGCGGGACUACAUCCAGAAGCACCCGGAGCUGAACAUCAGUGAAGAGGGCAUCACCCGCUCCACCCUCACCAAGGCCGAGCGCCAGCUCAAGGACAAGUUUGAUGGCCGACCCACAAAGCCCCCUCCGAAUAGCUACUCCCUGUACUGCGCAGAGCUGAUGGCCAACAUGAAAGACGUGCCCAGCACCGAGCGGAUGGUGCUGUGCAGCCAGCAGUGGAAGCUGCUCUCCCAGAAGGAAAAGGACGCAUACCACAAAAAAUGUGAUCAGAAAAAGAAAGACUACGAGAUUGAGCUGCUCCGCUUCCUGGAGAGCCUGCCCGAGGAGGAGCAGCAGCGGGUGCUAGGCGAGGAGAAGAUGCUGGGCAGCAACCGCAAAGGGGCGACGAGUCCAGCAUCCAAAAAGUCCUCACCAGAGACGGGCAAGGCCAGCUCAGAGAAGCCCAAACGGCCCAUCUCUGCCAUGUUCAUCUUCUCGGAGGAGAAGCGAAAGCAGCUGCAGGAGGAGCGGCCGGAGCUGUCAGAGAGCGAGCUGACCCGGCUCCUGGCCCGCAUGUGGAAUGACCUCUCCGAGAAGAAGAAGGCCAAGUACAAGGCGCGGGAGGCGGCGAUGAAGGCACAGUCGGAAAAGAAACACGGCUCAGACAAAGAGGAGCGCGGGAAGCUGCCCGAGUCUCCCAAGACGGCCGAGGAGAUCUGGCAACAGAGCGUCAUCGGAGACUACCUGGCUCGUUUCAAGAAUGACCGGGGGAAGGCACUGAAGGCCAUGGAAGCCACUUGGAACAACAUGGAGAAGAAGGAGAAGCUGAUGUGGAUCAAGAAAGCGGCGGAGGAUCAGAAGCGAUACGAGAGGGAGCUGAGCGAGAUGCGGGCCCCUCCGUGCUCCACCAACUCCGCCAAGAAAAUGAAGUUCCAGGGAGAGCCGAAGAAACCCCCUAUGAACGGUUACCAGAAAUUCUCCCAGGAGCUGCUGUCGAACGGGGAGCUGAACCACCUCCCGCUGAAGGAGCGGAUGGUGGAGAUCGGCAGCCGCUGGCAGCGCAUCUCCCAGGGCCAGAAGGACCACUACAAAAAACUGGCGGAGGAGCAGCAGAAACAGUACAAGGUGCACCUCGAAAUCUGGCUCAAGAGCCUCUCGCCGCAGGAGCGAGCUGCCUACAAGGAACACACUUCCAAUAAACGCAAGAGCAUAGGGAAGAUCAGGGGCCCCAACCCCAAGAUGAAGCCAACGAUGCAGUCCAAGUCGGAGUCAGAGGAUGAUGACGAGGAGGAAGACGAGGAGGAAGACGAGGACGACGAUGAGGACGACGACGAUGACAAUGGCGACUCGUCAGAGGAAGGCGGCGACUCCUCGGAGUCCAGCAGCGAGGAGGAGAGCGAGGACGGGGACGAGUGUGAAUGCCGAGUAAGUCACCAGAGUCAAAGUUUUACACCGGUGCAACUGAAAUCAGAGUAUGCUGGAUGGCGCUGGGGCCAGAAACCGUGUCCGUGCCUUGUGCUCGCCACCGGACAGAACGACGAGGAUGACGAGGACGAGGAUGAUGAGGAUGAGGACGACAACGACUCGGAGGGCAGCAGCAGCUCCUCCUCCUCCUCGGGGGAUUCCUCCGACUCCGACUCCAACUGAGCCCGCCAAGCUCUCAGUAACGGCGUUUGGUUUCUCGGUUUCGGUCCCAAAAUCCCCCCGCUCCUCAACACCCCCCCCUCAAAAACCUUCCUCCUCAUCCUCCUGCCCCCCCCUAGCGAGCUGCAGCCCCCCCGCGGGACCCCCCAACCCGGGGAGCAGGGGCCGGAGGGACCCCUCCGUUGAGCUCACACUACGGGGGGGGGGGAAACAGGGGCCGCUGCCCACCCUGGGCUGGGGGGAGAGGAGGGAGCGAGCGCCGCCCCCCCCCGUUCCUCCCACCCCCCUUUUACUCUCCCCUUACCGAGGGAGUGGAAACGAUUUCUUUCUUAUUUUUUUGGUUUUUUUGGAGAUUUCAUUAUUUUGGGAGGGUCGCCCUGUCCUCCUCUCCUUCACACCCUCGCUACCAGCUCCGGACUUUAUAGAAAGGAAACAAAAAACACACAGGAGAAAAAAAAAUCAUCCCCCUCCCCCCUUUUUUUUAUUAAAAAACCCACAAAUGAAAAAAAAAAAAAAAUACACCCCCUCCCCACGCAGACCCUCCCGUCCCACCCCAGGCAGCGGGUGCGGAGCAUGAGCCGAGUUGCUCAGGACUCAGCCGUUGGGACGAUGUCUCUUUUCACCCCCCCCUUGCUCUCUCUGCGCACCUCCCCCCCCCGGUGUCUCGGGGGAGGGGCUCCCCCCCAAAAAAAACCCCCCGACUUGUACAGUCUGGAAGCUGCACCGGGAGCUCACCGGGACCUCAGCAUCCACGGCACUUGGGAGCUCCGGCCACGGACCGUGACCAUGGAGGGGGGGGGCGGGGAUGGAUGAAUUUGGGAGGGGGGGUGGGGGUGGGAAAUGCGUGUGUGUGCGAGCGUGUGUGCCGGCUGCCCCCCCCCCCGCCCGGGGUCCCGGCUGCUCAGCGUGACCAAGGUGGGGGGGAGCGCGGGGGUGCCGCUGGAGCACCCCUCUGUGUUGUCGGUGGUUGUUGUGCCGUUGUAUUUUAUUUUAUUCUUUUUUUUUUUUUUUUUCUUUUUAUAAAACGAGAAAGACCCAUCUUUUAUUUUUUCUUUCCCCCCCCUCCCGUUUCCCCCAACUCCCCCCCCCCGCCUCAUUUUCCCCUCCAUCUCUGGUGAAGCUGCUCCUCUCCCUUCACCCCAAACCCGGAGGGGGGGGGUGGCCAGCACUUCCCUCAUCCCAGUUACCCCGAGUUUUCCCCCCCGGGGGGCGCUUCCCCCUACCCCCCCCCCGGCCAUGCUGUAAAUAUUAGUGCGGUUUGGGUUUAUUUUGGGGGGGGGGUCGAUGUCCCCCUUCCCCCCCGGGAGGGGGAUGGGGCCGCGGGGACUGGGGUGGGUGUGUAUGGGGGGGGCCCUGGCAGCCACUGUCGGGGGACUCCCCCCCCCCCAAUUUUUUUAAGCAGACACGAGCACCAGCAAUCCCACGGCACCUCCCUGCAGGGUUCCCAUCCCCCCACCCUGUCGUGUCCCCCCCCCAAAAAACGCCCGGUGCGAUUGGGGACCCCCACCCAGACCCCCCCCUCUAUGGGGGGGUGGGCCACAAGAUUUGUCCCUUCUGUUCCCCCCCCAUCCUGUCCCCGGAGAGGAGCUGGGCUGGGGGACAGGAUUUGUGGGGGCCCCAGGGAAGGGGGUGGGGGGCAGCUUCCCCCCCCCCCCCCCCCGGCUGGGGAGGCUGAGUGGGGGCUUUUUCUCUCAUGUGCUUUAAUUUAGCCAUUUUUCACUUCACCCGAAUCUCAGCCCUAUGGGUGGCUGGGGGGGGGGCAGAGAGGGGGGCCAAGCUGCAGGUUUGGGGGUUUUCUGGCUGCAAGGGGGGGGGGUCCCACCCCCCCCCCCCCCCAGCACCGACCUCCCCCAGGUUUGCUGCUCUCAGUGCCCCAACUCCGACUCCUUGCCUCCCCCCACGAAAAAAACCCCAAUUGGGGACCCCCCUCAAUCACACCCUCUCGCCUCAAAUCGGGCUGAAAAACCACCAUUUUGGGGAAAAUGACCCCAACCCCGGGGUGUGGGGUGUGGGGGGGGUGUUGAACCCAAGUGCCCCCGCACGGACAAUCCCCCUGUGUCCCCCCUGGGACCGGGGCCCCCAAGAGAACCCGGCCGGCGUGUGCCCCCCCCCUCCCCCCAAUGUCCGUCUGUCCGUCCCUCUGUCGCCUCACAGCCCCGCCCCCCCCCCCCCCCGCCUCUAUUUGGGAUUUUCCUUUAAUUUUCUUCCCAAUUUUUAAUUCCCGCCCCCCCAUCCCCUAAGGGGAACCCAUCCCUUUUUUCUGCUGAAUGUACCCAGCACCCGUCGUGUUUUAGUGGAUGUGUUUUUAGUACAAAAAA